AUGAAUACACUGCUUGUCUGCACAGGAUUAGCUGUUCUCCCACUAUCGACCUAUUUUAUUAUGGGGGUUCUUGGGGCGAAUACGCUUUGGAAAUCCUUUAUUUCUAUGUUAUUUAUGGUAUUUUAUAUAAUAUUCAUAACUAUACUGGCAGUGAGGAAGGCAGAAUCAGAAGAGCUCAGAACAAAAAAGAACACUUAA